UUUGUCUGUCGGGACUUUAAAGGGACAGUGGUAUCAGAACUCUCAUCUUUGCUAUUUGCCAGAAGCAAUGCGUGCGUGUCAGGCACAUAUAGCCCACUCUCUGCAAUGAAAAUGGUGGGAUUUUCUUUCGCAUUUUGGUGGAGAGCCAUUUAUUUGAUGUUUUGAUGGGUCGUCUUCUCAAUUAAGAGUGGUUUAUGUUUCUACAUUUCAGGUUGGAACUAGGUAUUGACUGAUUGCUGGUUUCACCCUUAAACAUGAAACCUGGAUCAAAGAAGGGCUGGCGCUCAAUCGUACCUGUUCCUUCGCGAGGCAAAUCAACAACCCAUUUUUGCAUGUUCCCAAAAGUAAAGUCAAAAGGCUAUGCUCCAGGAAGCACUCCCGUGUAUCUCAAUGUCUACGACUUGACACCAGUCAAUGGUUAUUUCUAUUGGGCUGGCCUUGGUGUCUUUCACACUGGCGUGGAAGUUCACGGGGUAGAAUAUGCUUUUGGAGCCCAUGAUUUUCCAACAAGUGGUGUCUUUGAGGUUGAACCUCGGCAUUGCCCUGGCUUCAAGUUUAGAAAGUCAAUAUUCAUGGGAACAACGUACUUGGACCCUUUCCAGGUUAGAGAAUUCAUGGAGAAUCAGUCUUCAAACUACAAGGGUGAUGCGUAUCACUUGGUUGUGAAGAACUGCAACCAUUUCUGUGCGGAUAUCUGUUACCAGCUGACUGGAAACCGGAUCCCAAAAUGGGUAAAUAGACUAGCAAGAAUAGGUUCGCUCUGCAACUGCAUUCUCCCUGAGAAUCUUAAAGUUUCUGCUGUGCGACAUGAUCCGAAUUUCCAAGGCUACGACAGUGAAAAGAAAAGACUGAGAAGCUCCUUCAGUUGCAUGUCAUCACUUUCAAUGCACCAGAAGGAGAGGGAGGUAUCUAUAUCUUCAUUAUUUCUACACUCUCAUUACAAAGGCUGCCUACCACAGUGGGAGUCAAAAAAAGCUGAAAAUGAAUCCUUAAAGGAUGGAUGAGAAGACUGUCUACUAUAUCCGAUUGAAUCGUUGGUGAAAUCCCACAACUUGGAGCUAAUCUUCCCUGUGCAAGCUUGUUGUAUUGAAUGACAGCACAGAAGGCUUGUUUCCUGUUUCUUGUAAUUGCAGAGUGAUGCUUGUUGUCUCCUGACUUGCAAAAUAUAUUUUUUUGUUUUCCAUACCAAAAGAACCCAGAAAUUCAUUUGCUACAUCAAUUGUUUCUGGGAAAUAGUUUGUGUUUAUGACACUAUAGGGUGGAAUUUGACUAUUGCUUAUUUAGAUUAUUACUUCAAUUGUUCCUUGAGUAUUUUGUU